AUGCACAUUAUCACUCCUUUGCUGAUACCAGCAGUGUUAGUGGCCGCAGCCCGGGUCCCAUACCGGGAGUAUAUUCUAGCCCCGUCCUCUCGAGUGAUCGUCCCUGCCUCAGUUCGUCAGGUCAACGGGUCUGUCACUAAUGCGGCUGGCCUGACUGGAUCCUCAUUGGGCACCGCCGUCUUCCAUGGCGUUUCGUCGGUGACCUACGACUUUGGAAAGAACGUUGCAGGCAUUGUGUCCCUCACAGUUGGAUCUUCUUCCUCUCCAUCUGCCUUCCUGGGGGUCACCUUCUCUGAAUCAAGCCUGUGGGCGAGCAGUGAGGCGUGCGAUGCUACUGGAAAUUCUGGCCUCGAUGCACCUUUGUGGUUCCCGGUUGGACAAAAGGCGGGAACAUAUACCCCUGACAGCAAAUACGUUCGAGGUGGUUUCCGGUAUCUGACGGUCGUGAGCAACACGAGCGCGACGAUCCCUCUCAACUCCCUCCACAUCACAUUCACAGCUGCCCCGGAUCAAGAUCUGCAAGCGUACCAAGGCUGGUUCCACUCGAAUGACGAAUUACUGAACGAGAUCUGGUAUGCGGGAGCAUAUACCAAUCAGCUGUGUACAAUUGAUCCAACAUAUGGCUCCGCGAGCUCGGAGACUAUUUCCACCUCCGGCCUGAAUUACUGGUACAACAAUCUCACUAUCGCCAAUGGAACCAGCACAGUGACCGAUGGCGCAAAACGAGAUCGCGCUGUUUGGCCAGGCGACAUGUCGAUCUCUCUCGAGAGUAUCGCGGUCAGCACCAACGAUCUGUACAGUGUUAGAAUGGGAUUGGAGGCCCUACUCGCUUUGCAAUCAUCUGAGGGACAACUGCCUUGGGGUGGCAAGCCUUUCAACAUUGAUGUUAGUUACACUUACCACCUACAUUCACUGAUUGGAAUGUCCUUCCUAUAUCGGUUCUCAGGCGAUAAAGUCUGGCUUUCCAACUAUUGGGGUCAAUACUCGAAGGGGGUCGAAUGGGCAGUAAGGAGUUACACGAACUGGGCCAGUGUUGCUGAUGGGGUCAAAUCUGCAGCCAACCAGCUACUCUGGGACGACCAAGCAGGACUUUACCGAGAUAACCAGACAACCGAGCUCCAUCCACAGGACGGAAACGCCUGGGCUGUCAAAUCCAAUUUGACCCUUUCCGGCAGUCAAAAUCGAGCUAUUUCUCAGGCACUCAAGGCGCGCUGGGGUCGUUACGGUGCCCCCGCGCCCGAGGCCGGGGCAACCAUCUCGCCUUUCAUCGGCGGCUUUGAAAUUCAGUCGCACUUUCUGGCUAACCAGCCCGAUGUGGCUCUGGAUUUGAUUCGGUUGCAGUGGGGGUUCAUGCUGCGCGAUCCCCAAAUAACCCAGUCGACAUUCAUUGAGGGAUACUCCACGGAUGGCUCGAUCCAUUACGCCCCGUACGCCAACGACGCACGCAUCUCGCAUGCUCACGGUUGGUCCACCGGCCCAACAUAUGCCUUAACAGCCUAUACCGCUGGUCUGCAGCUACUCGGACCGGCUGGAAACAGUUGGUUAAUUGCUCCGCAACCUGGGGGUCUGACUAGCAUAGACUGUGGAUUCGCUACUGCUCUUGGAGUCUUCUCGGUCGUCUUUGAAAGAGAUUCAGUUGGCCGUUAUAAUUCUUUCUCUUUUGGCGCGCCGACUGGGACUACCGGCAGGAUUGAGUUACCAGGGGUCCGAGGCACGUUGGUCUCCACCACGGGCCAACGCGUACAGCUGGUUAAUGGUACAGCUUCCGGUUUGAGAGAAGGAAAAUGA